AUGGAUUUUGUGGCCACGAGCCCAGAGGCCUACUUUCAAGGUCGCGUCGAUCACAUGCUACACUGCUCGUUUCUUUCCGAUCAGUUCUCUCAGGGGCUUUUGUCGUCCCGAGACGCCAUUGACCCGAGACGGAAUCAUGUCGUGGUCGUGCCGAUCGAUUCUCUCGUCAGCAUAGAACUCGACAGCUGGCACGAUGGUGGGAUCGCCGAUACGGGUUUCCACCACUUCGACCGAAUCGGGGAGAUGGCAGGCUGGGGCCCAGUUUCGGUCCGACUGGCCUACUUAGAUGGUCUCCUUUUCAUGGCCAUCGAGUUCCCCAGCCCAGAUCGAGGAUGCCAUCCUCUCCAAGACGAGUCAAUCACCAAUGCUUACGGGCCUGAGUCUGUGGUCAAGCUACUGAAGAAGAUGUGGGAAACUUACGAUUCUCUCAGUCUGCUGUUGUGGCUGUAUCCUGCUGAUCUCCCGACCGAAAUGUCGCCAGGUGGCUUGUUAGAUUCUUGGUCACAUCAGCUGGACGCCGUCCAUGGCGCCCUGACAGCGUCGAUGACGCGGACGGCUUCCGACUACCUCGAACAGCGAAUCGAGGAAGUGACCAAGGGCAAUGAGUACGUCCAAGACGCAAACAUUGACGAAGUGUACGAAGUUAUCGGGCUCCACCGCAAAACCGAUGUCUUUCUCAACGCUCUUCGCAUGGAACGAGGUGUCGACAGCAGGGUCAAGAUCUGGGGUUCGUACCGAGACGAUCUGUCACUCCUGCGUGCCAAAAUGGAAAGGUCUAUGUAUUUCAUGAAGUCUAAUCUGGAAAAGGCUUAG